AUGGGUGAUCUUCAAGAAGUUCGCUUGGUGGGGACGGAUCUCACCUUCAUUUUCAUGGGCCCACCUCAAGAGGGUUCAUUUACCUUGUAUGAUGCCAUUUUGCAAGAGGUUGAACCAUUCAUUCUUUCCAUGGAUGAACGCACCAGACUGAUUCCAUAUUUGGGACCAUACCUCAAUCAAGGUGUCAAGGAGGUUUGUGCAGGCAUGGGGGGGAUUGGCAUUGGUGCUGUGAUCACCGGCGCCCGAGUCCUUGCAGUUCUUGAUAACUGCGCACUUGCCUGCUCGCAUUUGGACCUCAACCAGUACGGCUCCUGCAGUGCUCUGUGCCGAGACCUUUGCAACGAUUCUGCGAAAGGUGAUCUACAUGCUGCUUCGGGCACUUGUGCGUCCAUUUUUGCAGCAGGGUUUCCAUGUCAACCUCACUCGGUUCAAGGCAGACAAGCAGGUUCCUCUGAUCCCAGGCAUCAGGUCUUGGUGGAGGUGCUCAGAACUGCAUACUUACAUGUGGUAGAUUGUUUAGUUCUGGAGUGCACACCCCAAGCUCAAUAUGAUUCUGGAGUGCGAGCGGAAUUGGAUGCUCUGGCUUCGAUCAUGGGCUGGCAAAUUCAUGACAUCACUUUGGCUCUUUCUCAUCAAUGGCCUUGUCGCCGUCAUCGUUGGUGGGCUCUCUUGUGUCCUAUGUCUUGGCAAUCCACCACCUUGUUGAAAUGGCCAUCAGAUUCCACUUUUUGGACCAUCGAUUCCGUCCUACCUUCAUGGGGAUGCUGGUCCACUUCACAGGAAUUGGAACUUCAAUUGACCGAGGUGGAGGGUGAUGCGUACUUUUCUGGUCGAUAUGGCUUCGAGCAGCGCAUUUUGACCACGGAGGACAUGGCGCCUACUUUCUUGCAUUCAUACGGGAAUGCUCUACAAAGUUGCCCUUGCGGUUGUCGGGUUGGCCCUUUUUCCGAGAAGACCUUGACAUCCAAAGGUUUGAGAGGAGUUUUCGUCAUUUCGAGAUUGACUAUGUCUCCUCGUUUUUUGCACCCCAUCGAGUUGGCUGUACUUUUGGGCUUCUCAGCGACCACCAGCUUUUUGGCACCAUUGCGUGGGGCACUUUGCCUGCUUGGCUCUGUUGCCUCGCCACUCCAGGCACUUUGGGUUUUUGCCUGUCUCUACGCCUUGUCCAAGGGCUAUCCUGAGGAGCAGGCACAUGCACAUGCUCUGCGGAUCCUGGAGGGCUACAAAACUCGUUUGGUGCAUGAAUACUCCCAGAUGUUUGGCUCAUCCGUUUCGCUUCCGCGAUCUCUUGCGAUUCAGGAUGAGUUUGGCACUUUACUUCAGCUGCGCGUUGCUGGGCUGGUCACUGUCGCACAACUGCGAUGUGCACAACAAUUUGCUCUUCAUCGAGGGGGACAUCUCACCAUUUGGGAUGGGCCACGACAGCUUCCCGAUCAGCAGAUCUUGUUGACGCAAGGGGAACAUGGAGUCUAUAUGAUGAAAAUCACGGAGUAUGUCUUUCCGACAUCCGCCUUGGAAACCUUGGUCAUUGGCAUCGAGCAUCCUCCAUCCUUCCAUGUUGUGCUGAUUUCAGCGGGUUCCUUUGUGUUUGAGGCUUUGCAGCAGUGCCAACUUUUUGGGAUUCACCACGUCACCACUAUGGAUGGCUCAUUUCUUGGACUAGACCAUCGUCUUUGGAGCAGUGUUCGUUUGCAAGCGCACAGAUGCCAACCCAUUAUGGCCUUUGGACUUGUGGGCCACGCUGCAAGAGGCCUUCAUGAUGGCAUCAUCUGGCAGGGCAUGCUUGGACUUUGUGCACAGUUCACGGAAGUCUUCUGCAUUUUCGCUCAUGACCAGCAUUGGACUUUGCUUUGGGGACAUCUUCAGCCUGCCGGUUGGUAUUGGAAGCAUUUUGACGGUCUUCCUGCGAUUUCCUUCUCGGCAUCUACGCUGUUGGCCACCAAGUUCAGUGCUUUGCUGCAUGCACCCUGCCAGGGUGUCCAUCAUCUGAACCUGUUUCCUCAAUUCCACUCCCAUACAUGUGGCACUGUUGCGCUUCGGCAUCUUGCUCGCAUUUUGGGUUGCACUGGUGAUUGGACUUCUAGCACCGAAUUGGACUUUCAUGAUGGACUUCUUUCUUUGCGGUGCACACCAGGGACAUUGAUGGCUUAUGGACGUCCUGCGCCUGACCUGCCUCCUCGGCUCAUUGCCUUGCUGCAGGACAAAGGAGUGCCAGCUGAGGCCUCUGAACAAAGAGCGCAGGAUAUUAUUCAGACACUGGGCCAUGCAGCAACCCAAGAAGCUUUGAGUGCAUCCAAUCCUUGGGCUUCCUUGAAGAGUUUGGCUUCGCGUCCUUCAACGCGCAUGCGCUUGGUCAAAGACUAUGAGCUCAAGGAGCACAUCAACAAGCAGGCAGUUACCAAACAUGGUGCUCAUGUUCCACGUGCCAAACAGAAGAAGCAAGCUUCUCAUUCUCAACCUCUUCCACCAGUGGACCCUGGUACGUUGCAGCUGAUUCCCAACACCUUUGUGGAUGAUGAUGGUGACGAUUUACCACAAUUGGCUUUUCAUGAUGUUGGCAAGGAUGCACAUGGGCUCGCUUUUUGUACUCAUCGUCAAGCUCAACCUUUUCUUGAUGCCUCAGCCAACAUUAGCUCCACCACGCUUGGGCUCUUGAUUCCGGCAGAGAUCUCCUCGGAUGACAUGGGAAUGGCCAAUGUGGUUUCCAUGAAAUUUCCAGCUCUUUGUGCUGCUACUGGUGAGCCACUCUUGAUUCAAGGCUCGCUUCUUACCUUGAGUGAUGGAGCCAUUCAUCGUCAGCAAGCCCCAUCUCCUGACGUGCAAGUUUCCAGCACUGACAUCGUCAAGGUCCUUAUUUACCGUGAUGAAGUACAACUGGAUUGGGCUCAGAUUACCAAAGGUCCCAUCAGGGCUUUACUGCAGCUCAUUCCGGCUUUUCGAUUGUGUUCAGGGAAACAAUGUGGUGCUGACUGUCCCUUGUAUCAUCCACCCAUUGAUGAGGAGCUCCCUGGACUCAUUUUGGACAUUUGGGCACGCAAUUUUUGCACGAUGAAUGGCAAGACUACAAAAGCGGAGUUGGCUGCCUACUUUCAGGCUUUGUUGCGGAUCCCUUCGGUGGCUUUGGAUCACUUGCUUGGUGUCCAGGUUACGGGCGUCUACAUUGAGCCCAGGGCACCAACAGAACGUGGACCUCACCCUGACUACAGUGUGGUGUGGCUUCCAGGACUUACCUUGGAACAAGCUCAACACAAAUUGCGCAUUUGUGACCAUGGUCUCUCUUUGGCCAAGAUGACCAACCGUUUUGGCAUCCGAGUGAAGGCCACUUAUGAGCAAGCUACCCAUGAAGCCUUGCGCCCGGACGAGGAAUAUGUCCUAAGGGGAUUUGAUCGUGAUCUGCUCAUCACGCUUCAAAAAGACUGCACCACGUCCUCAGUGAGCUCUCCAGUUGUGGCGUCUCAGAAGACGAAGCGCUUCUUGAAAGAAGGUGCUGCAGCUUCAUCAACAGAUGACCCAUGGACGACUGGUGCCGAUCCUUGGGCCAGCUUGCGUCCAGUGACUGCCUCUUCGGCCACCCAUGCUGCACCUGCUCGACGAACGGAGCAACUUCGUGAACUUUGUCGUGAGGAGAUCAAGCAGCAAUCACUCCAAGCACCUCCUGGGCUUGAAGUUAAUGAGCGUGAUCCAAUCAUCCAGAAGCUCCAGGUCAACAUCACUGAGCUGCAGGCUCAAGGUGCCCAAUUUCAAACCUGGUUCCAAGAAGCAGGCCAGCGCAUGAACACCACGGAACAACAGCUUCAACAUCUUCAUGCUGUGGUGGAGCAACAGGGUCAACAUGUGUCUCAGCAGAUUGAUAUGAUCCAGCAAGAAGUGGACAACAAGAGGCAGAUCUUGCAAAGUUCUCUUCAGGGCUCUUUGAUGGCUAUGCAAAGGGACUUCGAUGCAUCCUUGGACAGCAAGCUCUCCAGUCGUUUCGACCGCAUUGAAUCGAUGCUGGCCAAGAAGACUCGCACUGAUGUUUUCUCGUUUCGAGAUUCUUUUGGGUCCCGCUGUCGUUUUGAGGGUGGAUUUCGCUUUGGUGAAGCCGAUCAUCCUGGCCCAUUAGUUGAUGAUGAUGAGCAGCCCCACUCUUUCUCAGACUCCUUGGAUUUUCAGCGCCUGCGGGUUGGUUGCUCAAAUCCCUGUGGACUUCGGGGGAAAGAACUGGCUGCCAUCAAUUUGGGUCCAGGUAUUUGGACAUUUGCCGAAACACAUUUGACUUCGGUAACCCAAAGAUCUACGGCUUCUACUUUGUCCUACUACGGGCAUUUGCAGAAUCGCUCCAUCCGUUCCCUUUUUGGAGCCCCAGUUGCUUUUCGGUCCAAUUCGGACUUUGCUGGCACAUGGUCAGGAGUGGGCAUCAUGGCCGACUUUCCUUCACAAGAACUGGCCAUCCCCUGGCCGCAUGGAGAACGUGAAGCUGGCCGGACUAUGGUGACACGACAUUUCAUUGGUCCUACUGCCUUCACGGUUGCUUCCGUGUAUGGAUUUCCAGCCAGCCCUACGUGGCCAAGGAGUCGGGCUCUCAAUGAACAGUUGCUCCAGUCCCUCAGCAAGGAAGUGGUCAUCGGUGGUGUUGGCUGCCGCAUCAUCCAGGGUGAUUUCAAUCAAUCUUGUGACAGCCUGGAUGCCUUUCAACUGUGGCGACACUAUGGUUGGGUAGAAGCACAAUGCCUGGCUUCCAAUGUGGGCUCGCUAAACCUGAUCUUCAUGUUCAUGCUGGCUCCUCCGAAGAUUUCUUGCGGGAUUGGGCAGCGCAUUGGGAAGUUCAACUACAUGGUCAUGUGCAGGAUCAGCCUGAUGGCGCUCUGCCUGCCAGAUGUCAAGGUUAGACUCAAGAACAACCAGGUUUCGAUGGCUGUCCACAAAUGGUUCCGUCAAUUACGUCGCUUGCAGAGCUACAAGCACGCUGCCCUGGCGGAGAAGAACACGCUCGAUGCUGAGGUGUAUCGUUUGCAGCUAUGGCAUUCAAUCAAAAGGGCCACCGGUUUUCGGUCCACGUUUGCCCAAUGGUGGCUCCAACGUAGGCACAAGUCUCCAGCUGCCCCUGUGGUAUUGCCCUUGGCUCCUCCAGAUGGGCAUUUGGCUGGGAUCAUUUUUGAAGAUUUCAAGAUCAAUUUUGAGCGUUUUGAGCUUUGGCACCUUCGACAGAAGGGGAAGCUUAUCCAAGCCAAAUAUGAUGAUUCGUGUCAUGCACUUUUUCGGGAGCUUCGUGAUCCAGGCCGUGGCCAGCUCGAUUUUUUGUGGGACACCAUCACGUACUCGGUGUUGGCAUUUUGCCAUACUACCAACCAAAUUCACUUGGAUCGCCCAGUUGAAGCAAGCUCCAAUGGACAUUGGGCUUUUCAAAAUUGUGCUUUGUCAAUUACCCAUGUGGAUGGCGAUGUGCUCACUGUGGCGACCUUGCCUGCUACUUUGGAGGUGGGGGAUGAGCUUCAACACAUGCGGUUCUUUACUUCCCUGGCGGAGAUUCAUAAUGCCAUGACUCAGCUGUGGAGACCCAGAUGGCAGAAAACCUCUACUAUCGGCAACUCCGACUGGCAACGGAUUGUCGGAUUCAUCCAGGCGUUUAUGCCUCGAUGUCAAUUCCCAUUGCCUUCUUUGACAGUUCAGACUUGGAAACACACCUUGGAGCGCUUUCCACGUCAUGCAGCUCGGGGGGUUGAUGGGAUUGACAUUGUUGACUUGCGGCAUUUGCCAGACCAGGCCACUCAACAGCUGUUGGAUUUCCUUGGACAGAUCAAUGGCACUAGUUGCCGUUGGCCGGCACAGUUGCUUUUUGGCAAAGUCCUCAGUUUGGCAAAACAGGACCACUCCCACCUGCCGGGGCAUUUUCGCCCGGUAGUCAUUCUUAGCUGCAUUUACAGGGCUUGGUCACGGCUCCAAGCUGGCCCCCUUUUGCGGAGUUUGGCGGAAAGAGUUCCCACUGCUGCUCAAGGGUUUUUGCCUGGAAGAGAGUGCGCUCAGGUCUGGAUGCAACUCCAAGGCUAUAUUGAGCUUUGUCUUCAACACCACUUGGAUUUUUGCGGCUUCAGCGCCGACCUGGAGAAGUGUUUCAAUAACAUUGACCGGGAUGUGCUUUUUGCUCUGGCUACCCAUAUUGGUUUUCCACCUUCCUUGUUGAUUUCCUGGCGAACUUUUUUGGAUUCUUUUCCACGGGCAUUUGAAGUGCGCACUUCGCUUAGCCCAGCCUUGACAAGCACUCAAGGACUACCAGAAAGGUGUUCCCUCUCGGUGGUUGGGAUGGUGCUGGUGGAUUGGGCAUACCAUGUCUAUAUGAGAAUCCUCACACCUUCGGUGCAUCUGUUCAGCUAUGUGGAUAACCUGACUACGGCGGGUACUCAAGCAUUGGCAGUGGUCUCUGCUUUUUUCUCCACCAAGAGUUUUUUCGAGUUGUGGGGUCUUUGCAUGGAUCUUGCCAAAAGUUAUGCAUGGGGCCUUACGGCAGCCAGUCGGGCUACAUUAAGCCAUUUAGGAUUGGCAAUGAAGCAGGAUGCCAUGGAACUUGGUGGGAGCUUUUGUUUUGGUUUAGCCAGACGCAACCGACUGCUCAAAGGGAGAGCCUUCUCUUUGGAGCGCAAAUGGGAUCGCCUGAAACGAAGCAAGGCGCCACUUUUCCAGAAGAUCCAAGUGCUUCCAGCAUCUUUUUGGGCGGCUGCCUUCCAUGGGGUGGCUAUUUGUCCUCUUCCUGAUGGACACGUUCACAAGCUGCGUCAGUGUGCCAACAAGGACCCUCCUUUUAUCUGCGAUCAUUUGGGUGGUGAGCAUGAUUUGACUCUGCUCAAUGCUUCUUUGAUGCGACGUUUGCUGCAGGAUGCAUGGUUGCUACGGGUUGCCCAACAAGUCAAUCACCGCCCAUCUCUGCGCAGUUUGGUGGGCAUUGAUCGCUUUGUGACGGUGGAGCACAAUCAGACACUGACGGCGCAUCAGCAGGCUUUGCAGUCUGCUUUGCAGAGCGGCGCCUUCAUAGAUAACUGGAUCCAUAGCAAAUACGAUGUCUUGAAGGACGGGAUGUGUAAGGUUUGUAAUUGCCCCAAUACUCAUGCACAUCUUUUGGUUUGCUUGAAGUUUAGUAAUCUCAGGGUUCAGUUUUCUCUGACCAGUGCGGAGCUUCAAACCUGGCCUUCUUGCUUCACGCAACACUUGCUUUGUCCUCGGGCCCCACAUGUGGAUGCACUGCGUGAUUACUUUAUGCAAAUUCCUGACGAGACAGCGGAGUUUUGUAGUGGUCCUUCCGAGGAUGCCUUGCAGCAUGUCUUCACCGAUGGUUCCUGUUUUUCAGAUGGGCGAUGCGAAUGUCAUGCUGCUUCUUGGGGGGUUUUCAAUGCUUCCAGUGGUUUGGCUAUUGCCAGUGGACACGUUUCUGGCUUAGAACAGACUAUCGGCCGAGGUGAACUCACGGCACUCAUCAGUGCUUUGAAGUGGGCUCUUUGGCACCGUCAACCUACACAUGUCUGGAUGGAUGCCAAGUUCGUUCAUGAGGGUUAUCAACAGCGAAGAUUGGGUUGGUCGCCGGUACCGGCGCAGACGAACGAAGAUCUCUGGGUCCACGUGGACCAUCUUCUGGCAGAAGGAGCUGGAGUUUGGGUAGACUCCUCCUGGAUCCCGUCGCAUUUGGACCCUGAGCUGUGCGAGAGUCCUUUUGAAGAGUGGGUGGCUAUCAACAACAACAAGGUUGACAUGCUAGCCGUCCGCAAGAACUUGGCUCGUCCGGCCGUUUUCUGGCAACUGGUGGAUACUCAGCAUCAAUGGGAUCAGCAAUGGAUGGACCGGCUUCAUCGCUUGCGGCAAUACUACUUUGCCAUCUUUGAGCAGACGCAUGGAGCUUCUCCGGAACCUGCGAUAGAGGUGCUUGCCUCCGAUGAGGAAAGUGAGAGUGAAGGACCCAGGACUGUUGGCAGCCGCACUGCAUCUGCCGUGCGUUGCUGA